GGUCAGCUCCGGAGGCCUGAAGCCCGAGGGUCCAUUGCUCUGGAAGACGAUCUGGUCUGCAGAAGCAUCGCUCGACCUCCCUCGGGUCCCCAAGCCCUCCCGGAAUCCACCAGCCCGUCCUCACAACGUUUCUUUUUGGCCUUGUCGCCCACCUCCAGCGUAAGAGGCGGUGACUCCAUACCAAGAAGGAUGAGCAGUGGCCACUGGAAGGCAUCAAAUGGAGGAGGACACCAGCCCACAAGCCGAGAAGGCUGCUAAAGAUCCCAAGGAUGCUGCUGCCACCGCCAAGAGCCUCCCUGAUUCCUUUUCCAGAGACAAUAAUCAAGUGGAUUUUGAAGGGGUCAUCUAUUCUUCCUCACCAACUUUAGACCUGAGUCAAAAAGGCCUGCGCCAUUUGGGAAAGUUCUUUAAAAUUCCCAACCUUCAACAAUUACACCUGCAGAGGAAUUUGCUCAGCGAGAUUCCACAGGAUUUCUUCCAGCUGCUGCCCAACCUGACAUGGCUGGACCUCCGUUACAACAAGAUCAGGGUUCUUCCACCUGGGAUUGGCUCUCACAAACAUUUGAAAACUUUGCUUUUAGAAAGAAAUCCUAUCAGAGCGUUACCUGUUGAGCUAGGGCAGGUCACUACAUUGACUGCACUGAACCUGAGACACUGCCCUCUGGAAUUCCCUCCUUACCUGAUUGUGCAGAAAGGCUUGGUAUCCAUCCUCACCUUCCUCCGCAUCUGCUCAGUGGAGAAUGCCUUCCCUGGAGACAAGUCGCUUCCAGAAGUCCCAACAGUUAAGAGUGACCUUCUGUACCCGAUGCUCCCUCUGCCCCAUAAAGACUUGUCCAGUGAGAACUGGCUUAAUGUCCUGGACCAGGAGGCAGCAGUGGUGAAGGAGAAAGCUGACUUCUUCCCACCUAUGGACAGGCUGGACCUGAGUGAGCUCCGCAAAUCCAGUUCCUCCUCUGAGAUCUGGCCCAGUAAGGAGGAGAUCAGGCGCUUCUGGAAGCUGAGGCAGGAGAUUGUGGAAAAUGAGCAGGCGGAGGUCCAAGAGAACAAGCUCUUGGCUGUUGAGCUGCCACCGAAUCUCAAGGCAGCAAUAAAUGCCAAGGAAAAAAAGUGCAGGAAGCCAUGGCCCACACUCAGAAAGAGGUCUACCUCCUUCAGAGGCAUCUUGCCCAACCUCUCUUCAACAUACCAAAACACAGUUCAUACGAAGAGGAUGGAUGACACUCACAAGAUGGCGUUUCAGGAGCUCCAGGAGAAGGAGCGAAUGCUAGAGCAGCGGAGAAGAGACAAGAGAGCUCUGCAGGACUGGAGAGAGCAGACCCAGCUGAUGAGGCACAGGAGGGAGUUCAGUAAAUUCCAACCUCUACAUAGGAAUACGAUGGCAUCGAGGAUUCCCUUUGCCACAGAUCUGACAGACUAUGAGAAAAUGCCAGCGAGUCCAUUUGGGAAAGUAAAGCCCAGAAGAGAGGGGAUAGCACAAAAGCGUAUAGAAAUAAGUGCCUCACCAUUUGCAGAGCUGGAGGACAAGAUAAGGCGGCACACACAGCAGAUCCGUGCUCGCAGUUUCCUGGGUACCAACCCAAUGCAAGACAUUAAGACGGCCAACCAGGACCUGGAAACCACUAAGAAACUUCAGGAGGAGUUAAGGAGACUGAAACUGGAGAUGACCUUGAACAAAGACCAUUCUUUUCCCCCUUUCUCUGGAAACCUUUCACUUCACCCACCAGCAUCACGGCCUCAGAAUAUAUUUUUUAACACAAAAUACUAGGAAAGUGGUGUUGUCAGCAGGGAUGACAAGUACCUCCCACAGCGGUGUGGGGACUGGCUGGGACAGCGACUAGUGGGUCUUCAGCCGCUCCACAGGCUGUGGCUUUUAAUAGACUUGACUCCUUUCUGAGGCUAUACAAGGUUUAGCUGCAUUAAAAGGAAGAAUGCUGUAA